AUGGCGCCAAUCGAGGAAAACACCCCCAAGAAAGACAACACUUUGACUGUUGUCGAUGUGAAAGACAUAAAGCCUCUCGUUGAGGAUAUCGUGCGGGAUGCAUUCAAAGCAGAAAAGAACAAGAACAAUUCCGAGGAAAGUUCGGAGAAAGACGAAGUUGUGUCGGAGGACGAGAAGGACAAGGAGGCUAUAAAAGAUGCGCCCAAGGAAUCUAGCCGAUCUAUUCGACAAUUUCGCGCAGCUUGGAAGUCGGUAGUAUUCCCUAAAGACAUGGAGAAAGUUUUCGAGGACGAGGUUAACACCAAGACCGACGAUGCAUCGCCACCGACGCCACCGGCGCCAUCGAUAUCGCUGCUCGUGGACGACAUGAAACCAGAGGACAUUGAGGAUGACUCUCCAUCAAGGUAA